AUGGACCGUAUCAGCUUCUUGCCCGAUGAUUUCCUGUUGCAUAUACUUUCAUUGCUUCCAACAAAAGAUGUCUUGAAGACUAGUGUUUUGUCAAAGCGAUGGCGGAAUCUUUGGAAGUUGGUGCAUAAACUCGAGUACAUCGAUAUCAAUAGCAAUGCUGAACAUUGGAAAAUUGUGCAGUUCGUUGACAGGUCUUUGCUAUUAAACAAGGCUCAAGUUUUAGAGAGUUUGCAUUUCAAGUUAGAUCGACAAUGUAAGGACGUAGAUAUCGGGUUUUGGAUUAGAUUCGCGGUGGAACGAGGUUUGCGUGAGCUUAACUUCGAUUAUUGUUUCACGAUUAGAAAGCCUAGCAGAUUGCCUCAGAGCUUGUUUACAUGUGUAACACUCGUGGCGCUAAAACUAAAAAACGUAUCACUUGUGGAUGCUCAGUUCCCAGUAUGUUUUAAGUUGCUCAAAACGUUGCACCUAGUAGAGGUGAUCUUCCGAGACGAUGAAUCUUCUCGGAAGCUUUUAUCAAGAUGCCCUGUUCUUGAAGUCUUGGUCUUGGAACGAGCCAUUCAUGACAAUGUAGCUACCUUUUCUGUUAUGCUGCCUUCAUUGCAAAGAUUAGUCUAUGAUUCAACCGGUUUAAAAGAUGCUGCGUUGUUGAUGUAUACGCCUUCUUUGAAGUAUUUCAAGAUUGUUGAUUUUAGUUACGAGUGUAUGGUUGAGAAUAUGCCUGAAAUUGUGGAAGCACAUGUCGCGGUUACAUGUAGCAACAUUACUGAUAUCCUCAGAUCUCUGGUACCACUCAAACGCCUCUUGCUAUGUUUACCUUCUGAGUCUCCGUUUCCUACUGGUACAAUUUUUCAUCAGCUAGUACACUUGGAGUUUUGCACUUGUGUAACAGAGUGGGAUCUACUUAUCAGUAUGCUCCAUCAUUCCCCGAAAUUACGAUCUCUCAAGCUUAACGAGACCCAUGGCCAUUUUUCUGAAGUUCCUACAUUUCAUUGGGAUGAACCAAGCAUUGUUCCUGAAACGCUGAUGUUCGUUCUUGAGACUUUGGAGUGGAGAAACUACAGAGGAGGGGAUAGAGAGAGACAACUCGCGACGUUUAUCUUGAACCACUCAAGGCGUUUGAAGAUUGCUACUUUUUCCCCACAUAUCAGCCGGCUCAAUAGACUCAAAGUGAAAUAUAAAAUGAUCAAAGAAUUGGCGCACUCGUCGAGGGGUUCAACAGAAUGUGAGCUUGUGUUUGGUUAA